GGACGGCAGAUGUCGCGGACCACCUUAAAACCAUACUCCUCGAUGACAAGAGCGAGGAUUACCACUAGUUAGCUUUGUAACUAGGAGCCUAAGCCAGGGAGGAGCAAUGGCGAGCUCGAGCUUGUCGCGCCGUGCCCUCCUCCUCUUCUUCUUGGAGGUAGCCGUCGCCAUGGCGCUGCUUCUUCCGGGCGGUCACGCGCGAGUGUGCCCGCCGUGCGGCUCGACGGAGGUGCCGUACCCGCUGAGCACGGCGGACGGGUGCGGCGACCCGGAGUACAAGGUCCGGUGCGCGGCGGCGGCGGCGGGGGGCACGGCGCCCACGCUCCUGUUCGACGCGCUCAACGGCACGUCGUACCCGAUCACCUCCAUCUCCCCGGCGUCGCAGCGCCUGGUGGUGUCGCCGGCGCCGUUCGUGUCGCCGGGCGCGUGCGUGUCGGUGGGCGCGGCGGCGUCCCGCGGCGUGCAGCUGGACCCAUCGCGGCCGUUCAACGUCAGCUCGUCCAACACCGUCAUGCUGCUCAACUGCACGGAGCUGCUGCUGCGGUCGCCGCUCAACUGCUCCUCCAACUCGCUCUGCCACGCCUACGCGGGCGCCGCGGGGUCGACGGCGUCGGCGUGCGCGCCGCUGCCGCUGUGCUGCACGUUCGUGGCGGGGGGCUCGUCGACGUCGUACCGCAUCCGGCUGGGCCCGCAGUCGUGCAGCGCGUACCGGAGCUUCGUGGGGCUCGACCCGUCGCAGCCGCCGGCGACGUGGGGCAGCCGCCUCGGGCUGGAGCUGCAGUGGGCGACGCCGAGGGAGCCGCUGUGCCGCACGCAGGCCGACUGCGAGGACGGCGCCGCCGCCACCUGCGCCGACGACCCGUCGGCAACCGGAGGCGCGGGCACGGUCCGGCGCUGCCUGUGCGUGUCCGGGCUCGUCUGGAAUCCCAUCGCUGGCGCGUGCCAGCAGCAGAAUCUCACGGAUAGCGGAUCCAACCAUGCGCCUCUCAUUGCUGGGAUCGUGUGCGGCCUAGGCGGCGCGCUGCUGGUGGCGACUGCAGGACUGUUCGCUUAUCGGCGGCAGCAGCGCAUCCGGCUGGCCAAGGAGAAGCUGGCCAAGGAGCGCGAGGAGAUCCUCAACGCGAACAACUCGAGCGGCCGCACCGCCAAGAACUUCUCCGGGCGAGAGCUGAGGCGCGCCACCGCCAACUUCUCCCGCGACAACCUGCUCGGCGCCGGCGGCUACGGCGAGGUGUACAGGGGCGUCCUCGCGGACGGCACCGUGGUGGCCGUCAAGUGCGCCAAGCUCGGCAACACCAAGUCCACGGAGCAGGUCCUGAACGAGGUGCGCGUGCUGUCGCAGGUGAACCACCGCAGCCUCGUCCGCCUGCUCGGCUGCUGCGUCGACCUGGAGCAGCCUCUGAUGGUGUACGAGUUCAUCCCCAACGGCACGCUGGCCGACCACCUGUACGGCCCCCUCAGCCACCCCCCGCUCCCGUGGCGGCGGCGGCUGGCCAUCGCGCACCACACGGCGCAGGGCAUCGCGUACCUGCACUUCUCCGCUGUUCCGCCCAUCUACCACCGGGACAUCAAGUCGAGCAACAUACUCCUCGACGAGCGGAUGGAUGGCAAGGUAUCCGACUUUGGGCUGUCCCGGCUGGCGGAGCAGGGGUUGAGCCACGUCUCGACGUGCGCGCAGGGGACGCUGGGUUACCUCGACCCGGAGUACUACCGGAACUACCAGCUCACCGACAAGAGUGACGUGUAUAGCUUCGGUGUCGUGCUGUUGGAGCUUCUGACGUGCAAGCGCGCCAUUGACUUUGGCCGUGGCGCCGACGAUGUCAACUUGGCCGUGCACGUGCAACGGGCAGCAGAGGAGGAGCGCCUUAUGGAUGUCGUGGACCCGGUGUUGAAGGAUAACGCCACACAGCUGCAAUGCGACACCAUCAAGGCUCUCGGGUUUCUUGCGUUAGGAUGCCUCGAGGAACGCCGCCAAAACCGGCCAUCCAUGAAGGAGGUUGCAGAGGAGAUCGAAUACAUUAUGAAUAUCGAGGCCGGCAACGCUCAUCUCAAGGAGCUGCACAGCUUAUGAUCAGUGGUCAAUUAUAUUAGUUAGUCAAACAACCCAUAUAAUGCACGGGUUAUUAUAGUUUUUCUUUCCGAGUUUUCUGUUUUGCUAGUGUCUCCUCACGUUUCAAAAGUAACGAAUUUACUCUGUGGAGUUUUCCAUUUA